AUGUUCCCGAAAGCCUCCUUCGAAAGACAGGGGAAUAAGCCAAUUAUGCCAUAUUUAAAUGAUAGUCAAUUGACGAAUGAAAGCGAGAAAAUCCAGACAACCCUAGGGAAACGAACAAUUUCUGAUAAUCCACUCUCAUCACUCUCUGACGUUACUCAAAUAUUCGAUUCGAAUUCGAAACCAGGACAUAAGAGUCCGGAUAAAAUGUUUCCAGCAGCUUCAUUUACAAGGCAACGACCGGAACGAAAGAAUAGUCCGUCUGUCAAUGAGAAGAAAGAAUCGUUGAAGCCGCUGGCAGAUGUUAGCAGAAACAUGGAGCCGAGAGCAAACCCUCAUCAGCCUGACGUGAUGUUCCCAGAAGCAUCGUUCAAAAGAAUUAAGCCACCAAAAAAGGUUGCGAGUAAAAGUGAUUUCGAGAAAAUGGAUUCACUGAAACCUUUGGAGGAUGUUAGCAAAAUAAAAUACUCGCGAGAGGUUUUUGGUAUGAAUCAACCGGACAACAUGUUUCCAGAAGCGGCGUUCACGAGAAUCAAACCGGAGAAAAAGUUGAACAGCCCGUCACAAAAAGAGAAACAAUCGUUGAAGCCGUUGGAUGAUAUCAGCAAAUUAAUGCAUUCUAGAGGCGCAAUAAGUCCCCGCGCGCCUGAUAGCAUGUUUCCGGAAGCAGAAUUCACUAGAAUCAAGCCCGAGAAAAAACCAACGAGUCCAUCGAAAACUGAGAAAAUGUCAUUAAAACCACUCUCGGAUGUUAGUAAACUAAUGUAUUCCAAAGAAAUUACGGACCCGAAACCGCCGGACACAUUAUUCCCGGAGGCGAAGUUCACAAGACACGGCGACUUGAGACUUAUGAAGGAAUCGUUUGCUACGAAUUCUGCAAUAAGCAACGAGUCGUCGAAUGAUAGUACAAGCCUCGCUGAAAAUCUUCCGCAAGUUUUCUACUCGACCGAUGGAAAAUUAGCGAUUGUUUUGAUGAAUGCCAAUAAAACUAGUCAGAUUGAAUCCGAAUUGGCAAAAAAAGUUGCUCCAUCGUUGGUUUAUUCGCCGGAAAUCUAUGACAGUUCGGAAAAUGUUUCCACAUUUCCUCAGGUCCCGAAACAGCUUGAAUCGAAGUGUGCGGCUGAUAUUGGCACAAAGAUUGAUGCUAAUUUGAUGAUUGGACAUCAUCAGUUAAAAAUCACUGGCGUUUUCCAAGGUGAAAAAAUUUCGAAAGAGAAUAUCAAGAAAAUUGCGGUCAAUGGUCACUUGAUAAGUUUUUGA